GUGCUGGAGGUUGCUAUAAAUACGGCGGUUCUAAACUUGGUAACGCUUAGAUCCAACAGACAACAUGAGGCAAAACGAGAUAACUAUUCUUGGUCUUUCCAUGCUGCUUUGCUUGGGACUUUCACACUCCCAUAGCUUUGGUGGAAAGUUUGGAGGAGGGUAUGCACCCGUCUACAACAAUUUUGUCCCCUAUCCCGUGGCCCAACCUGUCCCAGUUCCCGUGGCCGUUCCUCAACCGAUCCCAGUGCCGGUGCCCCAGCCCGUGGUGGUUCCCAUUAAGCACGGCUGGAAGGGUGGAUUUGGUGGCCUUGGCCUGGGUGGAUUUGGAGGGGGCUAUGGAGGCGGUUUUGGUGGCUAUCAGAAUUUUGCCUCCGCAUCCUCAUUCAGCUCCGCUAGUUCAUUUGGCGGAGGCUACGGCGGAGGCUUUGGAGGUGGCAUCUUUAAGAGACGCUGA